CUUGGAAGAAAUACUGAAACGCCCGUUUCUGUAGGUAAAACGGGAAGUUGAAAGCAGAUGACAGUAGGCUCCCCUUCUCAGCUCAGUGGUCUCAGGCAGCAACAAAAACCACCUCAAACUUUCCUGUCCCUUUAAAAAUGGCGGCGGGGCGCCGGCCGACGACGCCAUAGGCUGACGGCGAGGGCGAGGGCGGGGCGUGCGCGCGGUGUCCGCCCGCUACGGCAAGCCGGAGGCAGCAAGAUGGCGGCGGCGGAGGACAGCUGUGGUGCAGGGCCCGAAGCGGACCGCGAACUGGAGGAGCUUCUGGAAAGUGCUCUUGAUGAUUUCGAUAAAGCCAAACCCUCCCCAGCACCCCUUCCUACCACCACGACCCCCGAUGCUUCGGGGCCCCAGAAGAGAUCGCCAGGAGACACUGCCAAAAAGUUUUUCCAGGAGCUGUUUGACAGCGAGCUUGCUUCCCAAGCCACGGCUGAGUUUGAGAAAGCGAUGAAGGAGUUGGCUGAAGAAGAGCCCCACCUGGUGGAGCAGUUCCAGAAGCUCUCAGAAGCCGCAGGGAGAGUGGGCAGUGACGCGACCUCCCAACAAGAAUUUACUUCUUGCCUAAAGGAGACACUAAGUGGACUAGCCAAAAAUGCCACUGACCUUCAGAACUCAGGCAUGUCAGAAGAGGAGCUGACCAAGGCCAUGGAAGGGCUGGGUAUGGACGAAGGGGAUGGGGAGGGGAACAUUCUCCCCAUCAUGCAGAGUAUUAUGCAGAACCUGUUAUCCAAGGAUGUGCUGUACCCAUCGCUGAAGGAAAUCACAGAAAAGUAUCCAGAAUGGUUGCAGAGCCACCGGGAGUCCAUACCUCCAGAGCAAUAUGACAAAUAUCUGGAGCAGCACAGUGUCAUGGGCAAAAUAUGUGAGCAGUUUGAGGCAGAGACACCGACGGACACUGAAGCCACUCAGAAGGCUCGUUUUGAGACGGUGCUGGAUCUCAUGCAGCAGCUACAGGAUUUGGGUCAUCCUCCAAAAGAACUGGCAGGGGAGAUGCCUCCUGGCCUCAACUUUGACCUGGAUGCCCUCAAUCUUUCGGGCCCACCAGGUGCCAGUGGUGAGCAGUGUCUGAUCAUGUGAAACACAACACAUUUUCCUCCCCGAGUCCCUGCCACGGGGAAGAUCUGGAGUCGGCAGAACCACUGGAAACUGAGGCAGGAGUGUCGUCUGCUGAAGCAGUCUGCCCACUGUCUCCUCAUCCCAUUCAGGACUGUGCCAUACUAGCUGAGGCUUUUCCUCCUUAUAGGAAUAGGAUCUGUUCUGCGGGCCUCUUCUGUGAGCCCUACUCCAUUAUGGUUUUUGCUGCUAACAGAGGCCCAGCUACCUGCCAGAUGAAGAAGGCAUCCGUUUGGGGACAUGUGUCUUCCUCUCACUCCCAGAGUGUUGUAUGUGGCGGUACUGAUGCCCACUUGUAUGCCCAGGGUCUUUGUGCCUUGUAUCUGCUUCCUCUCUGAUCUAGGGCAUGGGGGCAGACUUCCAGGACUCUGUUUCUUCUGGGCAGAAUGAAAGUGGAGAGAAACUUGGCCUGGGCUGGGGCUAUAAGUCUGUCACCAUGUCCUCUGACCUUUAGACAGACUAUUGUGAAUUCCACGAAGAGAAAGGGCUUUUGCGUCUACUCACAGUAGAAUUGGAAGAGGAGCCCUGGGAUUCUCUUCUCCCUAGGUGCUGAGCCCUCCAUUCCCCAUUCCAACCUGAGAACUCGAGUUACUACCCUGGUUCUUCUACUAUGCUGUUGAGCUGGGUGAGCCCAGCUCUCAACUGCCACUUUUGGCCUCCUGCCUACCCUCUUACCACCUCUGUCUGAAAGAUUGGUUGAUUGCAGUCCUGCUGAGCCCCAGCCAUUACAACAAAAGACCCAUCCUUUUUUUUUUUUCUUUGCCAUCAUCUGAUUCAACCAUCACUCUCACUGACUCCCUCUCUCUUUGAAAACAUGAUGGUAGUCUCAGGUCCGAGAAAUAAACAGAGCAUUCUUCCAGA